AUGGAGGGUUUAGAAGAAUCCAGAAGAAGCUUUAAGCGUAAAUGUGAAUUCCCAAAACGAAAGCUUCAAAUCAAUGAAAGGGUUGAGGUGAAGAGUUUUGAGGAGGGUUUUCUGGGGUCAUGGCAUCCGGGUACUGUUAUUGAAUGUGGGAAGCUGACGCGUCAUGUUCGAUAUGAAAAUAUUUUAGAUGAUGAUGGGUUGGAUUAUUCUGUGGAAGUGGUGAAAGUUUCAGAUGCUUUGGAUUGUGAAUUUGGUUCUCCCAGUAAAUUUGCGGUGAUUAGGCCGCUGCCUCCUUGGGUUGAGUUUCAGACAUGUGAUGUUAAGUUUGGUCUUUGUGUUGAUGUGAUUUACCGGGAUGCUUGGUGGGAGGGUGUUGUGUUUGAUCACUGUGAAGGAAUGGAGGAGAGGAGUGUGUUUUUUCCGGACUUGGGGGAUGAGAUGAAGGUUGAGAUUGAUCAGAUGCGGAUUACUCGGGAUUGGGAUGAAGUUACAGGGGAAUGGCGGAGACGGGGGAACUGGGUGUUUCUUGAAUUGAUUGAGGACUGUCAGAAGGAGUCGUAUCUUGCUGUUUCGGUGAAGCAAAUUUGGUAUGAAGUGCGACAAAAAAAGGAAUUCACAGUUGUUGGCGAUUGGACGUUAAAUGUGAAGAAGGAUUUGUGGAGAGACAUGAUAAUGCAGGUAGUUGUUGACUAUAUGGGUGUUACAGUAAAAGAAGUUUUCUCAACCUUGAAGCCUCAAGAGCUGGACUCCGUUGGACUAAUGUCUAAAGUUGAUUCAAACAAGAACUUAUCCGAGAAGGAGAAUUUUGAGCAGAAACAACUUGUUGUUUUUCCAGUUGAAGACGACUUUCCUAAGUUUCGAAAUGAAGUUUCAGUUGCUAUUUGUUCCAAGAGAAACAAACAUAGAUCUUCAACUCAUUCAAAUUCCGACAAAUGGGAACCUGUAAUAGUGUCUGAAACAGAAUACUGCCCCGAUGCUGUUAGGCAAUAUGUACUUGCUUAUCAGAACAGGAGUAAUAGGGAGUUUUUGAAGAAAAAAGUAUGGAAGCAUCUUACAUAUCUUGGAUGGGAAAUUUACCGAUAUGAUCAUCGGCUCAGGUACAAGCCACCCGAUGGAAUCUGUCGUGAGAAGAAAUUUUACUACUCACUUAUUGAUAUUUGUAAAGUUAUGGAAUCAAGGGUGAACUCUUCCGUUUCCAAAAAUGAUCUCGGUAACAAUGCUCCUACUCCUUCCUCUAUUAAUGGUUAUAAUUUAUCUAUUUCUUCUUCUACUUCACAAUCUGAACCACCCCAAACCAUUAAUAUAAGUGCAUAUCUUCCUACUCAACCCACACCAUGUAAACCACAAAAACUGCCUCGACCAUGUCAUGUUCCACAUGUGCCUCUUAAUCCAUUGGAAAAGAGUCAGAAUCUAGAUGUCUCUUCUCUAGCUGUGGUGCCUUCUUCUGUUGCAGUGGCGUAUUAUCCUCAAGCCGUUGUUGAAUACCACAAACGUGCAUUCGAGCCGAGUUCGGAUAAUAAAAGAAAACUUAUUUUGAAAAUAAGAAAGCAUCUCGUGAACGAAGGAUGGGUUUUAACUGACCCGCCACUAAAAAAUAGAAGAAGGGGUGUGUUAUAUACUUCUCCGCAAAAUCGGAAAUUUAGCUCACUCAACACGGUAUGCAAAUUCCUAAUUGAGGAAAGUGUUAGAAGAUUGUCUAUUUUUGGCAUUCAACCUUUAAAUGCCUCCUCAGUUGUUAACGAAGAAAGUGUUGAUCAGGAAAAUAUUCAAAGAUCAACUAUGUAUGGCAUUCAACCUUUUGUUAGUGAUGAAAGUGUUGAUCGAGUACCAAGUGGUGAUUUAUCAAGUAAAACAUCACAUUUUCUUCCUCAUCAGACUGAGUCAUACACUAUAGACAGGGUUGCUACAAAUAGAUCAAAGCGAAAAUGCGAUGAAUCAAGUCUAAGGGUGAGGUCGAAUAAAAGAGUGCGGAAAUUUUCUGUCCCUUCUCUAUCACAUCAGAAAGCUCUGAAUGUUGUGUCUUGGUUGAUAGACAGCAAUGUGGUGUUACCAAGGUCUAAUGUUUAUUAUGUAGCAAAAAGACGGCGUGCCAUGGCAUCUGGUCGAAUAACUCACGAUGGAAUCAAGUGUAAAUGUUGUCAUAAAAUAUACAGUCUUGUUUCUUUCGAAUUUCAUGCUAUUGGCAGUAAUACCACCAGACCAAGUGCUAGUAUCUUUCUGGAUGAUGGUAGGUCGCUCUUACAGUGCCAGAUACAAAUAAUGCAAGAUCAUGUGUCAAGGGAGGCUAUGGUAAAAUCACAGACUCGUUUGUGUCAGAGUGAAAACGACUACAUUUGUUCCGUUUGCCGCAACGGGGGCGAACUUCUUUUGUGUGAUCGGUGUCCGUCUUCAUAUCAUAAGACAUGUCUUGGUCUGGAGGACAUCCCUGAGGGUGAAUGGUUUUGUCCAUCAUGUCUUUGCAGGAUUUGUGGCCAAAGAAAAUUCAACGGAGGCGGUGAGGAUGGACCUUUCCUUAAAUGCAUUCAGUGUGAACAUAAUUAUCAUGUUGCAUGCCUGAUAAGUAGAAAUACAUGUAAGUCCAAAAGUUAUGCGGAAAGACGGUUUUGCGGAAAAGACUGUGAAAAGUUAUAUGAAGGCCUUCAAAGAAUGUUGGGAGAGCCAGUUUCAGUGGGUGUGGACAAUCUAACGUGGACAUUGGUGAAGUGUUUCGAUUCUGAGAGUUGUGAUAUUGAUAGUUGUAAAAGUGGAUUAUUGGCAGAAAGUUACAGCAAACUCAAUGUAGCUCUUUCUGUGAUGCAUGAAUGUUUUGAGCCCCUAAAAGAACCCUCCUCAGGCAGAGAUCUGGUGGAAGAUGUUAUAUUCAGCCGAUGGUCAGAACUUAAUCGAAUGAAUUUCCGGGGUUUCUAUACUGUACUUCUAGAGAAAGAUGGAGAGCUGGUCAGUGUGGCAACUACUAGGGUCCUGGGAGAUAAGGUAGCUGAAGUACCUCUUGUUGGUACAAGAUUUCAAUAUCGUCGACAUGGAAUGUGCCGCAUCUUAAUGGAUGAACUGGAAAAGCGGGUCGCGGGAGCGGAGCGCUUCCGGGCCCGAGCGGGUUUCAUCAGUUUUGAAAGUAAAAACCCAGAUUUACCCUUAAAAAAUUUAAACGUUAAAGGAGCUUUUGAGGAAUUUUUCCAAUUUGCCCUGACUCAUAACAUUCAAUCUUCAUCUCUCACACCUUUCGCAAGUUUUCAGAGUUUUCAGAGUUUUCUUCUCACAAUCUUCUCCCAGCGCCUCUGUCUGGUUCGUUUCUCAGUGCCGCCGCCUCCGUCUGGUUCGUUUCUCAGUGCCUCCGUCUGCUGCGUUUCUUAG